UAGCUGCAGUUUUAUAAAGCACCCUGGCCGAGCGGCUGUGAGUCACGCCGUGUCUUUAUCGAACGGAAUGGGUCACUUGGCGACAGAAAGAACAGCUUUUACUCGAGGAGACUGUCGACUCUGGUUGGAGGUUCUUUUCCGCAGCCGGUAAUUCAAUCCUCAUACUGCAGACCUUUAAAUAUCUCCUUUGAAAACCUGCUAGCAGCCACGUGGUGUAAGGUGAGACAUUCGCAGCCCAGUACACUGACCAGUUUGACAUGAUCAGUGGACUGAGAGCAUGACUAGUCUGCAGUGCAGUCUGGCCACUUCAGACCUCUGAUUUAAUUUUUGCUGUAGUCAACUUUAAAGGACUGUUCACAAGUGACAAGAGGGGAUUUCUGUGGCGAAUCCCCAAGCCAAUAGAUUUUCUUUCCCUUCUGUUUUGAACCAGUAUGCGUUCUUCUUUUUUUUGCCGGCUUACUGUGAGCACCUUGCAGUGAAUGGAGAACAUACUGGUUCUGCUCCCGAAGCACCGACAGGAACACGGGCUCUGCAGACGCACGGCUGCAUGUGCCUUGCUGCAGGUUUCUUCCUACAGAGCAGUUUUCUCCUGGUCUUUAAUACCGACCCCCACUCCCUCCCACAGUCGUCCAAAGGCUUCCGCAUGGUACUUUGGUCGAAAGAACAAGACAAACUCCCCGACAUCGACAUGUCCUCCGGGGACAUUGAGGUGAAAAAGGAGGGAGGCCCCCUUACCCCAGCCUUCCUCAACUCCAACUGCUCCGUCCACCCAGUGAUCCUCACCAAGGGUUCUGAGGAGGUGAGCCCAGGGACCGGGGGCGAGUUUGAGCUCACAGAGGUCACAUCCUUUACAGAGAGGGCCAGUGAGACCAGGGAGGAUGAGGAGAGGUCAGAGAUUGUGGUGGCAAUGGACUGCCGGGCCAAUGCCAAAGGUCAACGGGAGGAAGACGCUCUCCUGGAGAAUGCAAGCCAGAGCAACGAGAGUGAUGACACCAGCACCGACCAGAGCCCAGAACCACCGCCGCCCCUCAAGGAGACCUCCUUCUCCAUCGGCCUGCAGGUGGUCUUCCCCUUUCUGCUGGCAGGGUUCGGGACAGUGGCAGCUGGAAUGGUGCUAGACAUUGUCCAGCACUGGACGGUGUUUACGGAGGUGUCAGAGGUGUUCAUCCUGGUUCCAGCACUGCUGGGGCUCAAAGGCAAUCUGGAGAUGACCCUGGCCUCUAGGCUGUCCACAGCGGCUAAUAUUGGUCAGAUGGACACAGCCAAGGACAUGUGGAAGAUGGUCAUGGGAAACUUGGCCCUGAUCCAGGUUCAGGCCACCGUGGUGGGGUUCCUGGCCUCCAUAGCUGCUGUGAUUUUCGGCUGGAUCCCAGAGGGACACUUCAGGCUGGGCCAUGCGGUGCUGCUGUGUGCCUCCAGUGUGGCUACUGCCUUCAUCGCCUCCCUGCUGCUAGGUGUUGUUUUUGCCAGCGUCAGCGGUCCUGAUGAAAAACAAAAGCAUCCCAUUCCUUCUCUUGACCUCUGGCUACACCCUCAGAGACAACAUGUUCUACUCUGAGUCUCUGCUGACAGUUAACAGUCAAUAAGCGCCCACAGCCACGAUGAUAGAUGGUUACAGUGGUAGCCAAAGUACUCAGCUAAAGUACUAAUACCACACUGUAAAACUACUCUGUACAAGUAAAAGUAUUAAAGCAGUAAAAUGUCCCUGUG